UCACACUCGUGCGAGCACAUUUAUGGGUGCACACGUGGACGCCUGCACUCGCCGAUUAGAGGGAUGCAGGAAGGUCUCGCAUGAGAAGUCUGGUCGCAGUAAAACAAGGAGAUUUCUUUGGCAGUUUUGCCAGAUGGGGACAUGCUGUGUGAGGUCACUCCAUUUCAUGGCUGGCUGUUUCAGUUUGGUCUUCUUAGCUCUCAGCACCUUCGCUCAAAACUUGCCAUCAGCCCCACAUGGCUGCACAGAUGGAAGCUGUUACCCAGCAACAGGCAACCUCCUCGUUGGUCGAGCUGCUAACCUGACAGCUACCUCAACCUGUGGCCUGCAUGUUCCAGAGCAAUAUUGCAUUGUCAGCCACCUGCUAGAGAAAGACAAAUGUUUUUCAUGCAGCUCCACAUCGCCCUAUGACCCUGUCAAGAAUAAGUACAGCCACCGGGUGGAGAAUGUCAUCUACUUGAAAGACAGGGAUGGAAACCUCAACUGGUGGCAGUCAGUCAACGGUGAGGAGAAUGUCACUCUCAGGCUGGAUCUGGAGACUGAGUUCCACUUUACUCAUCUCAUCAUGAAGUUCAGAACCUUCAGGCCCGCUGCCAUGAUCAUUGAACGCUCUAUGAAUUUCGGUCGAUCUUGGAAUCCCUACCGCUACUUCUCCUACAACUGCACCAGGAUGUUCCCUUCUGUGCCUGCCCGCGCCCCCCGUUUCGUCACCGACGUCAUCUGUGAGGAGCGCUACUCUAACAUCGAGCCUUCCACUAAUGGGGAGGUCAUUUACAAAGUGCUUGAUCCUGCUAUUCAUGUGAAAGACCCCUACAGUCGUGACAUUCAAGAUCUUCUCCGGAUCACCAACCUGCGCAUCAAAUUCAUCAAGCUGCACACCUUAGGGGAUAACCUUCUGGACCGACGUCCGGAUGUGCUGGAGAAAUACUACUAUGCCGUGUACGAGCUGGUGGUGCGAGGCAGUUGCUUCUGCUACGGUCAUGCCUCUGAGUGCACCCCCAUUCCUGGCAUCACGGGCAAUGAAGUCGGCAUGAUCCACGGUCGGUGUGUCUGCAAGCACAACACGGAGGGGCUGAACUGCGAGCGCUGCAAGGACUUCCACCAAGAUCUGCCCUGGAGGCCGGCUGAGCUGGGGAAGCCACAUACCUGCAGAGAAUGCAACUGCAACCGGCAUUCCGACAAGUGCCACUUCGACAUGGCUGUGUACCUGGCCACGGGGAAUGUGAGCGGCGGCGUGUGUGACAACUGCCUACACAACACCAUGGGGCGUAACUGCGAGAUGUGCAAGCCCUUCUACUACCAGGACCCUGCCAGGGACAUCCGGGACCCCGCAGUGUGUGUCCCCUGCGACUGUGACCCCAUGGGCUCCCUGAAAGAUGGUGAGUGUGACUCCUAUACAAAUCCCAGCUUGGGCAUGAUCGCCGGGCAGUGCUACUGCAAGCUCAACGUGAGGGGUGUGCGCUGCGACUACUGCAAGGAGGGCUUCUUUGGCCUCAGCGAGAGCGACCCGCAGGGCUGCCAGCCGUGUCACUGUGACUCGCGGGGCAUCGUCUCUCUGGCUUCACCCUGCGACCAGAUCAGCGGCGACUGCGUCUGCAAGAGGCAUGUCACCGGCCGCUACUGCAGCGAGUGUCAGACUGAGUACUGGGGGCUCAACAACGGUGUCUCUGGGUGCCGGCCGUGUGACUGCGACUUCGGAGGAGCUUAUGACAACAGGUGCAUAAUGGAAGAUGGACAGUGCAAAUGUCUCCCCCACCUGGUGGGGCGCCAGUGCUCAGACGUGCAAUCGGGGUACUUCUGUGCGUCGCUGGACUUCUACAAGUACGAGGCGGAGGAUGCCGAGGGUCGCUCGCCGGACAGCCAGUCCCUGCCAGGACACCCACGACCAAAGGCUGAAGUCGAUUGUGUGCAGCAUCUGAACAACCAGCUUCAGAGGCACCGCCGUCACCGCCGCAUAGCCAGCAUGCAGCAGCAGAGGGCAGCACUGAGACGCAUCCGCCAGCUGCAGCAAAAACCAGAUAUACAGAUCAUUAACAGGGUCAGGACUCCUGACCAAAUGGUCACCUGGACUGGACCUGGGUUCGCCAGGGUCAAGGAUGGCGCCGGCCUUGUGUUUACCAUCAGCAACAUCUCAUAUGCUAUGGACUAUGACAUCCUGAUUCGAUAUGAGCCAGAGUCCACAGAAGACUGGGAAGCCAUAGUCAGUAUCAGGUCUGUGGAGCUGCCCUCUAGCACCCGUUGUGGGAAUGUCCUGCCCACCGAACAGAUUUACACUGUCACCCUGCCACACCAUGGAAGGUACUCACAGAUGCCUCGGCCCUUCUGCUUUGAGCCAAAUAACCGAUACGUUAUAGCCAUCCGCUUCCAGCGACACCAAGCCACUCACCGCCAUCUGACUGCCUUCAUUCUGAUUGACUCGCUAGUUCUUAUCCCCAAGUACACGGACCUGCCUGGCUUUUUGGAGGGCACGCCUGCAUCAGAACACCGCCGUCAGGAGAUGCUGCACUAUAUGUGUGUGGGCUCCUUCAUGAUGGCGCCCCUGCCACCUUUGGCAGAGAUGUGCACCAAGCUCAUUUGCAGCAUCUCUGCUGUGAUGCACGGCGGUGCCCUGCCUUGUAAUUGUAACCCCCAGGGGUCGCUCAGCACAGAGUGCGAAAAGGUCGGAGGUCAGUGUCAGUGUAAGCCCAAUGUGAUGGGUCGCCAGUGCGACCAGUGUGCCCCAGGAACCUACGGCUUUGGGGGACCUUACGGCUGCACUGCUUGCGAAUGCCACAAGUCAGGAUCCCACAGCCACCAGUGUGACCCGGUGACGGGUCAGUGCCCCUGCAGGGCAGGGGCCAGUGGACAGCGCUGUGCCGACUGCCAACCCGGCCAGUGGGGCUUCCCCUACUGCAGACCAUGCCAAUGCAAUGGACACGCGGACAACUGCAACAGCCAGACGGGUGCCUGCCGCGGCUGCAGGGAUUAUACCACAGGGGACUACUGUGACAGAUGUGCGGAAGGUUUCUAUGGAAACCCGGUGCUAGGCUCUGUGGAGCACUGCCGCCCGUGCCCAUGCCCCGGGACCCUAGGCAGCGGCCACUCCUGCCAUGCUGAGCACAAUCAGAUCGUCUGUCACUGCCAACAGGGCUACACAGGUGCACAGUGUGACCGCUGUGCCCCUGGUUUCUUCGGGGACCCUAAAAGGCAAGGAGGAGAGUGCCGCCCUUGUCAGUGCAACAACAACAAUGACCCCCUGGACCCUGAGUCAUGUGACCCUCACACUGGCCAGUGUCUCAAGUGCUUGUAUAAUACAGCUGGUCCAUCCUGCUCCCAGUGCAGAGAGGGCUACUAUGGGAACGCCUUGCUCCGGGACUGCAGACACUGCACCUGCGUGACAGCAGGCACGCUGCUGACCCACUGCACGGGGGGUCAUUGUUCCUGUGACCAGCAGACGGGGGCGUGUCUGUGCCGACCCAAUGUGGUGGGACGCAACUGCGACGAGUGCGCACCCAAUCACUGGAACUUCGGGACAGACUGGGGCUGCGAGCCAUGCGGCUGCCACCCUGACCACAGUGCCGGGUCACACUGCAACCUGUUCACUGGGCAGUGCCACUGCCGCCCCGGGUUCUGGGGAAGGAACUGUUCUGAGUGUCCUCAGUUCUCCUGGGGAGACCCUGAGGUCAGAUGCCAAGAAUGCAACUGUAACCCAGAGGGCUCCAAGAGGCAGCAGUGUGACCGACUGACGGGGGAGUGCGAUUGUGUAGAGAAGGCGACAGGGACCCUCUGUGACACGUGCGCACGCAACUACACUGGCAGAUUCCCCCACUGCAAUCCCUGCCACCCCUGCUUCAGACAAUGGGACACCGUGGUGCAGGAGCUGCAGAAGGACCUAGAUCAAAUCAGAGACAACGUUCGGCAGAUUCAGGAAACUGGCGUCGCCCCAGGAAUCGGCGACAGUCGCAUUCGGGACCUGGAGAGGAAGCUAGCCACCAUCCGGGAUUUGAUUGCCCAUGGGGUGGGAGACAAGGUCUUCGAGCUGAUCAGCCAGGCCCUCGACGAGCUGAGGGCGGAGAUUGCUCUGACUGACGGCCGACUGAUGGGCCUGGCCAAUGAGUUGAAUGACAGCAUGGUGGCCGAGGGACGGCUGCGCCAGAACCUGACACAGCUAGAGGACGACCUCAGAGACAUGAACAUCACAUUAGCUCAGAAGUGGCACGACCUGGACAAUUUGCGUAGCGCUGGGUUCGCAGAGCAGUAUGAAAGAGUGCGUAAGUACUACAGGGAGUCCCAAAACGCGGAGCACCUGUGCAAUUCCUCGGUGUCAGGCCCGGACAGCCCCGUGACCCAGUCCGCUGACACGCGCCAGCAGGUUGAAGACCUGCUUGCCAGUAAUCGUGACGGUCUUCUGCACACGAUGACUGCUCAGAACAAAUCCCUGGUCGAUCUGCAGAUGAAAACCGAAGGCCUGGACCAGACAGUGCGGAACCUAAGUGAAAAAGUGUGCGGUGGUCAUGGGAACCUCACCGAUAAUGGCACCUGCCUGGAGAGUCUUUGUGGGGGCUCUGGCUGUAAGGACAGUGAAGGACAAAGGCAGUGUGGAGGAGAGGGGUGUUCCGGGGCUGUGAGUGCUGCAGCGAGAGCCUUAACGAAGGCCAACAAUGUUACCCAGAGCAUCAACAUGGUUAACGAGGAGCUAGAUAUGGUCGCUAAGAAGCUCCGGGAUGUGAGAAUGCUUACCAAUGACAUGAAGACGAAGGCCAUGGGGACUCUGGAAAAAGCACAGAGUAAGAAGACCUCUUUCGAAAAUUCCAACAAGAAAUUGAAGGAUUUCAUCAAGGAAAUCAGAGAUUUCCUCACAGAGGAGGGUGCAGAUCCAGAGAGCAUUGAGAAGGUGGCCCAGAAGGUGCUGAACAUCUCCCUACCAGUCAAUGCUAGUGACCUGGCCAAAGUCGUGGAGGAGAUCAAAAAGAGCAUUGUCAACCUCACCAACACUGAGAGCAUCUUCAACCACACUUUCGCUGAGCUUCAGAAAGCCAUGGACCUGCUACAUGAGGCAAAGGAUGUGAAGAUGCAGGCAGAGGGGGUGAAGGACACCAGCAACCAGACGAAACAGGCCUUGGACGACGCACGGAAGGCCGUCGAUGCAGCCAAAGAGGCUCUGAGGACUACUGAGGAGAACCUCGGCAACACUAAUUUAUCCAUUUCUGAGAUAGCCAGUAAGCUCAAUAACACAGAACAGAAGCUUAUGGAUGCCAUGAUGAAGCUGGCCAACCUCUCAGAGGCGGUGGAACCAUUGAAGAAUAAGACCAAGCAGAACAGGCAGAUGGCCUGGGAGGCCAAGGCUGAAUCUGAUAAUGCUACCCAGGCCGCUGAUGGACUGCAGCAGGAGGUUGAAGAUGCAACAAAAAAAUACAAAGACCUGCAGGACAAAAUAGAAGCAAUGGGUGGAGGUACUGGAGGGCUGGGUAAUAUAACACAGAGGGCUGAGGACAUCAAGAAGCAAGCUGAAUAUCUGCUGAACAAGGCCACCAAGGGCAUGGAAGAUCUGCAAAAACUUGAGGACACAUUUCUGAGUAAUGAGAAGACGAUGCAGUCUCAGAAAGAUGAGUUGGAAGUUUUGGAGAAGAACGUCACCCUUAUCAUGGAGGACAUACGGGAGAAAGUCAAGUAUUACAGCACAUGCUUGAAGUAGCACAUUGCCACACCAUUACAGACACCUCACACAGGGGACCAUGGGAAGUUCUGAUGACCGUAAAUGUAGUGAAAUGGUCUCACUGUCUUUACACACCCAUCCCCUUCUUAACUCUUUUUGGAAAUCAACAAGAAACCUUGUUGUAUUUCUCUUGUAUGUAUAUGAACCAUGUGAGCACAAAUAUCACUAAUCACCGUGACACUGGUCAACAAAUCCUGCUCUCCAUAGAAGCUUGGGAUAUGAAUUCUCUGUAACUGUGGUCAUCUCAGCCCUGUGCAUCGUAUUGAGACUUUGGGGGUGUACUGGAGUAACUGGAAAUGUAAAAGUUCUGUGCCCCAACUGGUGAAUUUGCCAUGUUUGUGAAGAACAAUGCAAUAUUAUUCAGGUUCCUCUUGAGAUUUAAUUACCUGACUCUGUAUUGGUUGAAUAUAUUAUAUUGUUCUCUAUUAAUUUCAAACAUAAGCAAUAAAUAUGCAUUUAAUAUCA